AUGCCAGCCCAGCAGAAGAAAAUUAUCUUUUGCAUCGCUGGGGUGCUGAGUUUCGCUUGCGCGCUGGGGACCGCGGCAGCCAUCGGCACACAGCUGUGGGUCAAGGGGACGAUCCUCUGCAAGACAGGAGCCCUGCUCGUCAACGCCACCGGCCAGGAGCUGGAGAAGUUUAUUGGAGAAAUCCAGUAUGGGCUUUUCUAUGGCGAGCGUGUGAGACAGUGCGGGCUCGGGGGGAGACCUUUCCAGUUUUCAUUUUUUCCAGAUUUGCUCAAAAUUAUCCCUGCAAGUAUCCAUGUUAGUGUCAUUCUCUUCUGUACAGUACUGAUCGUCUUUGCUCUGGUGGGAGCAGGUUUCUUCAUGUUCAAUGCUUUUGGCAGCCCUUACGAAACUCUGCAUGGCCCCGUCGGGUUGUACCUCUGGAGCUUCAUCGCCUGUUCCUGUGGCUGCCUCAUCAUGAUUCUCUUCUCUUCAGAAGUGAAGAUCCAUCACCUUUCAGAGAAAAUCGCUAAUUUCAAAGAGGGGAGUUUCACAUUCAAGACUCACAGCGAACAGUUUGCAAAUUCAUUCUGGAUCAUCCUGGUUUGCUCCCUGGUGCAAUUCCUGAACGCCUUGCUGAUACGAUUUGCUGGAUUUGAAUUUCCCUUCUCAAAGUCAAAAGAUUCAGGGACAACCACUGGUGCAGUUGACCUGAUGUAUUAG